AUGUCACCGAAAGUAGGUUUGCAAGCUCCCAAUUUUAAAUGCGAGGCUGUCAUGCCAGACGGUUCUUUUAAGGAGAUUUCACUGGGGGAUUAUUUGGGCAAGAAGUACGUAGUUUUAUUUUUUUACCCUCUUGAUUUCACCUUUGUAUGUCCCACUGAGAUCGUCGCUUUCAACGAUGCUGUUGCACAAUUCGAGCAAAGGAACGUUCAACUCUUGGCCUGCAGCGUUGAUUCCAAAUACUGCCACUUGGCUUGGAGAAACACUCCUAGGGAUAAGGCUGGUGUUGGUCAGGUAAAGUUCCCAAUGCUCUCUGACAUGACUAAGGAAGUCGCUACCUCCUACGGCGUUCUUGUGGAUGAUGCCGGUCUUGCUCUUCGUGGACUCUUUCUCAUUGACAAAAAAGGAGUUUUACAGCACUCUCUUGUUAAUAAUCUUCCACUUGGACGCAGUGUAAAUGAAGUAUUGAGAUUAGUUGACGCACUACAAGUGUUUGAGACCAAGGGUGAAGUUUGUCCAGCCAAUUGGAAACUUGGUGACAAGGGAAUGCCUCCAACUACUGAGGGCGUUGUAGCUCAUUUAACUACAAAAAUGUCCUGA